GGAUAGCUUAGCGAGGGUUAACACCCAGCCACGCUGAUGUCACCGGCUUUGUGCUUCUACUCUGUCGUUUUGAAGAAGCCGAGAUAGAUCUAGUGGCGGUGCCACGAGGGAAUGCUGCUUUUAAAAAGAGGCGGCUUGUGUGUUCCUUGUCACAGUGAACAUGGUUUAGCCUGGUGAGGAGGGCCAUGCUCUACGCACGAUGAACGCCACUUUCUUCAUGUGAACAAUUGAAUGUGGAAAGCUUGUUAGGGGGUUGUGUCUCUCUCAUCAAGCUUGGAUCCCUCGAUAUCUCCUGGGAGCAAAAGUUACGUCUGUUUUAUAUAGUGUUAGUUUGCUCCGUUUGGGCUUUUUUCCCCCUGAUUAAGUGAAUCGUUUUCUGCAACAAUGUGAUAUGAUAUUUUUGCUGAGUUCAACAUUCACACAACAAUAGUGAUUGAUGGUGUGUUUGAUGCUGUUUAUCUCUGUACCACGAAAAGGAGUCCUAUUACGCUGAUACAUCAAUAACCCGAAAAGUCGGGUUUGAUUAAUCGACUUCAAGGAUAUUUCGAACUGUAGACGUCUCGAAUCUACUGAACACUAUAAUGGCGUGGUGUAACAACCUUACGACGCUGUUGUCGUCGUCAAAGGGAGUGGUGAUGAUGGUGACGAUAACAUUGACAGUUCUUGUGUUGAUACCAACCACAGACGCUGUAAGGAACCGGUACCGACCCAGGACAUCUGCGCAGAGAUCGAGAUCUCGGUAUCGAUCUGGCACUAAUUCCGUUCAAGCCGAUGAACUUCGAGGAACAGUGUCGAGGUGGAUGUCUCAACGGAGGAAGAUGUAUAGGAAGAAACAGGUGUGCGUGCCCGUAUGGUUACACUGGGCAAAACUGUGAGCAAGACUUCCGAACCGGGCCAUGCUUCACACAGGUGAGUGAAGACAUCUGUAGGGGCCAGCUGACAGGUGUGGUGUGCACCAAGACUCUCUGUUGUUCCACCAUCGGUGCCGCCUGGGGCAGGCCUUGUGAACAGUGCCCCAGUACUCCGCAUCCAUGCCGCAGAGGAUACAUUCCAAAUCCAAGCACUAACACAUGUCAAGAUGUGAACGAGUGUCACGCCAUCCCAGGCCUGUGUGUGGGUGGUGAGUGCGUCAACACCUUGGGCUCGUACAGGUGUCAGUGUAAAGAGGGGCAGACCCAGAACCCCAUUACCAAAGUGUGUGAAGCUGCUCAGCUUGGUUUCUGCUACACCCGAGUCCUCAACCGGAACUGCCAAGGCCGUAUCGCAGAGCGCAUGUCGCUGAGGGACUGCUGCUGCUCCGUGGAUAUGGGCAAAGGGUGGAGUCUGAGCGGUCAAACCUGCCAGCCGUGUCCUAAUGUCGGUUCGGAUGCACACUCACGUCUCUGUGACGCGACCCAGCCCAUCAGAGUGGACUACUGCAGACUGUUUGAUAGUUUGUGUGAAAAUGGGAGAUGCAUCAGUUUGGAGGAUUCAUUCAAAUGUGAAUGCAACCCAGGCUUCAAGAAUGACUCUCAAGGCAACUGUGUUGAUAUUGAUGAAUGCAGUCGUCCAGGCAUUUGUAGAAAUGGACGUUGUGUGAACACCAAAGGAGGAUUUGAAUGCAAAUGUAAUGAUGGAUUUGCCCUCUCCAAGGACGGCACCUACUGCACAGACAUGAACGAGUGUGAGACUGAGAAGAUGUGUCCCAAUGGCAGAUGUGUAAACAUGGAUGGCUCCUAUAAAUGUAUAUGUGAUCCUGGGUACAGGCAAUCUCCAAAUCAGCAAGUUUGCUAUGAUAUCAAUGAAUGUACGGAAAAUGGACGCCUGUGUCAUAAUGGAGAAUGUGUAAACAUGGAAGGAAGCUAUCGGUGUCAGUGUAACACUGGUUUUCAGCUGUCACCAGAUGGAGCUUUUUGUUUAGAUUAUGAUGAAUGUAAGAGAACUGGCAUGUGCAGCAAUGGAAGAUGUAAGAACAUGAUGGGAAGCUACAAAUGUAUUUGUAAUCCUGGCUACAUGCUUUCAUCAAGCGGAGAAGUCUGUAUUGAUAUUGACGAAUGUAAAGCAGAGCCAGAUAUAUGCACAAAUGGCAUGUGUAUCAACAAUCAAGGAAGUUUCCGGUGUGACUGCCCUAGAGGUUUUGUUCUUGGGCCUGAUGGAAGAACAUGCUUGGAUAUUCGCCGAGGUCUUUGCUACCCUGAUGUCAGAGGAGGGAGAUGUCUCAAUCCCUUGUCACGCCUCAUGUCCAAAUCAGCAUGCUGUUGCAGUUUGACUUCUCCUGGACAGACCUAUGCUUGGGGCUCUUCUUGUGAAUCUUGCCCUAGAAUGGAAGAUCCUGAAUUCAUACAACUUUGUCCCUAUGGAAAAGGAACUGAUCAUGAUGGAAAAGACAUCAAUGAAUGUUUGCAGCGACCAGACAUUUGCACAAACGGAAUAUGUGAAAACUUGGAAAUGGGGUACCGAUGUAUAUGUAACCAAGGCUACAAACCAGAUGCUUCUCGUUUACGGUGUUUAGAUGUCAAUGAAUGUGAGGUAAAUAACAUGCUUUGUGAUGGAGGGCAGUGCCGGAACACACCUGGGAGUUACCAGUGCAUAUGUCCCAAUGGCUUCUCUUUCAAUGUGCGGACAAGAAUGUGUGAAGAUCAAAAUGAAUGUGAGAGUGAGCCUUGUAUUGGCGGAGACUGCAUAAAUACCAAAGGCAGCUUUAAGUGCAGAUGUCCAAGUGGGCGAAUCUUGGACACUACAGGCCGGAUCUGCAUUGACAACCGUCAAGGUACCUGUUGGCUCAACAUCAUCAAUGGAGACUGUGAGAACAACCUUCCAGGCAUGCUGACCCAGUCUGAAUGCUGUGGAUCUGUUGGAAAAGCAUGGGGCAGUCCUUGUGCUCCUUGUCCUACUCAGAUGGAGCUUCAUUGUCCCAAAGGAUUCACAUUCAAGAAUGGCGUCAAUUGUGUUGAUAUCAAUGAGUGUGAGAGGAUCCCCAACCUGUGCAAGGGAGGUGGCCAGUGUGUUAACACAGAGGGCUCGUUCAAGUGUACUUGUCCCUCGGGUCUCUCGCUAGAUAGUACAGGCCGUCGCUGUGUGGAUUUGAGGGAGAGCAACUGCUACCAGGACUACUCACGUAUGUUCUGCUCCCGCCCAUUCAUGGGAACCUACACUAAGUACGACUGCUGCUGCUCUAUUGGAGCUGCAUGGGGAGAGCCUUGCUCUGGAUGUCCUAUUCCUGGCUCAGAGGAAUAUAUUGCUCUGUGUGUCAAUGGAGGAGGAGGAGGAGGAGGAGGAGGAGGUGGUGGUGGUGGUGGUGAUGGUACGGGUCCUGAAGGGUUUGGAGAUAUCAAUGAGUGCAGAAAGUUCCCUGGCCUUUGUGUGAAUGGCAGGUGCAGAAACACUAUCGGCAGCUUUGAGUGUGAUUGUAAUCCUGGUUAUGCUAGUGACAGCUUUGGAACAAACUGCACAGAUAUUGACGAGUGUCGUAUUUCAAUGUUUGACAUCUGCACCCCUGGAAGAUGUAUUAACGAGCCCGGAACCUUCCGCUGUGAUUGUGGAGAGGGCUACAAGGGAGUCAUGAUGAAUCAGAUGUGUGUCGAUGUGAAUGAGUGUGAGGAGAACAAGACUUUAUGUCGUGGUGGCAGCUGCAUGAACUCUGAGGGUGGCUACGAAUGUGUCUGUCCCGAUGGCCACGAGCUUGCUGAUGAUGGUGUCAUGUGCAAAGAUAUUGAUGAGUGUUCUUCAAGUAGCAGCAUCUGUUCCAAUGGUCACUGUGAGAACUUCAUGGGAGGAUAUCAGUGCAUCUGUAAUCAAGGAUAUCAACCAAACAAUCUGAAGUCCAUGUGUGUUGACAAUGAUGAGUGUGACGAUGGUAAUGGAGGUUGUCAGUCUGUAUGUGUGAACACACCUGGUAGCCACACCUGUGCUUGUGAGGCUGGUUUCUUGCUGCUCACCGAUGGCAGAUCUUGCGUUGAUGUGGAUGAGUGUAAGGAGCAGCCCAAUGUCUGUGAUGGAGGCCGCUGUGACAACCUGCCUGGAUCCUUCAGGUGUUUGUGUACUGGAGGUCUAACUGCUUCUCCAGAUCAGAAGCGUUGUUUGGACAUCAAUGAGUGUCUUUUGAACAAGAAUCUGUGCUUGAAUGGACAGUGCCAGAACACACAUGGUUCAUUUGUGUGCAAGUGUGACAUUGGAUAUUCUGUCAAGACACAGAUCAGAGCAACAGGAUGCACAGAUGACAAUGAAUGUGAAAUGGAUGUGUCUGGCUGUGAUGAGAAUGCCGUGUGUAUCAACACUCAGGGAUCCUUCAAGUGUGACUGCAAGCCUGGAUAUACAGGAGAUGGUUUUACUUGUAGAGAUAUUAAUGAGUGUGUGACCAACAAUGGAGGCUGCCACAGGGAUGCUGCUUGCAUCAACACUCCAGGAAGCUUUAGAUGUAUCUGUGAUGAAGGAUUCAGUGGAGAUGGAUACGAAUGUGAAGAUGUUGAUGAAUGUCUGCUGGACCCAGGCCUUUGUGAGAACGGCCAGUGUUACAACUUCGAUGGAGGGUAUAGGUGUGAGUGUGACAUGGGAUUUGCUCCAACAGAUGAUGAGAGGGCUUGUGUUGAUAUCGACGAGUGCACAAUGUUCAGGAACCUUUGUGUUAACGGCCAAUGUGAGAAUGUGUUUGGUAUGUUCAGGUGUAUUUGUAACCAAGGUUACAAGCUGGAUGACUCUGGAGGAAACUGUACGGAUAUUGAUGAAUGUGAGAACCCUGACAACUGCCAGUAUGGUACCUGUGUCAACCAGCAGGGUAGCUACAUUUGCCAGUGUCCACCCAACUUUGAAAGUAACCCCACUGGAACCGGAUGUGUUGACAAACGUGUGGGCUCCUGCUAUAUGGAUGUGCCACUUUACUCCACUGGCCGUGCUGGCGUCUGCAAUGACAAGAUCGCUGAUGACGUUUCUCGAGCCUCAUGUUGCUGUACUAUUGGGAGAGGUUGGGGAGAGGUCAUUGGCUUCUGUGAGCCGUGCCCAAGGAAUGGCACAGCUGAAGCUGCUAACCUUUGCCCUGGAGGCCCAGGCUUUAAGCCUAAUCUCAUAACUUUGGUGUUGGAAGAUAUUGAUGAAUGCGAAGAGAUUGAAGGCCUGUGUGAAGAAGGUGAAUGCCAGAACACAUUUGGUUCCUAUGUGUGCACCUGCAAGGAUGGAUAUGUACUGGAUCCAUUCAGACAGCGAUGCAUUGACAUUGAUGAGUGUGAGUCAGAUCCCAACCGCUGCGGAGUGGGCCGCUGCAUCAACACCGAGGGAAGCUUCCAGUGUGUUUGCCCUGAUGGCUACAUCCUUAUGGACGAUGGAGAAACUUGUAUGGACAUGCGAAAGGGUAACUGCUACAGAGAGUACUUCAACGUUUCCAGCAGAAAUAAUGACAUUGAGUGCACAGAUGCUCUGACUACAAUCCAGACCAGGUUCCAGUGCUGCUGUUUGUUUGGCUCUGCUUGGGGAGAGCCCUGCUCCGCUUGCCCAGCCAGAGGCUCUCGAGAGUUUGAAGCUCUCUGUGAAGAAGGACCCAUCAAAAUUACAGAUAUCAAUGAGUGUGAAGUGAACCCAGAUUUGUGCAAGAAUGGUAGAUGCAUUGAUCUUCCUUACAGUUUCCGCUGUGACUGCUUCAGUGGAUAUGUCUACGACAGUCUCAGACAAACAUGUGAAGAUGACAAUGAGUGUCGUCGUGACAUCAAUCCAUGCUUGGGAAAUGCUCAGUGCAUCAACAACCCAGGCAGCUACUCUUGUGGUUGUCCUGACGGCUACAGGUUGCGGCCUGACGGCAGAAGGUGUGAAGACAUCAAUGAGUGUGAGGAAGUAACAGGUGUGUGUCAGAACGGAGAAUGCAUGAACCUCGAAGGAAGCUACAGCUGUAUCUGUGAUGAUGGUUACAGGUUAUCACCGAGCAGAGAAGUGUGCAUUGAUAUUGAUGAGUGUGCCGCUCGCCCUGGACUUUGCAGGAACGGCUCUUGCACUAAUGGCAAUGGCAUGUACCAGUGUCACUGCAACGAUGGGUUCACACUCACUCCUGAGGGAGACUGUACAGACAUUGAUGAAUGUAUUGCCAUGAUCGGCAUCUGUACCAAUGGGCGAUGUAUCAACACCCAGGGCAGCUUUACUUGCCAAUGUCCAGAUGGCUACACCCUGUCUUCAGAUGGUCAUCAUUGCAGAGAUAUCGAUGAAUGCUUUGAGCUGGGAAUCAUGUGCGAGAGAGGAACAUGCCAGAACACAGAGGGAUCUUUCAUCUGCACAUGUCCAGAUGGCUACCAACUGUCUCCUGACAAGAAGACCUGCUUAGAUGUCAAUGAGUGCUUUACCCUGCAAAAUGCUUGCUUUGAGGGUGAGUGCCGGAACACAGAUGGAGGAUUUAUGUGCAUCUGUCCACCUGGCUUUGAAACAACACCUGAUGGAAUGGCAUGUAUCGAUGUACGACCUGGUUCUUGUUAUGAUGGAUUUGAGUUUGGCCGCUGCGUCAGUCCAAGGGAAGGCAUCUUGUCCCGGGCAGAAUGCUGUUGUACUGAGGCUGCGGCUUGGGGCUUUGAUGGAAGAUGUGACUUAUGUCCUGCACCUGGAGAUCCUGGAUUUGAGUACCUGUGCCCAGAGGGCUAUGGCUACGUUCCUACACCAGAAGGAAUUAUCUCAGAUUUGAAUGAGUGCAAACUUUAUCCUGGCAUUUGCGUCAAUGGUAUCUGCAUAAACAAUGACGGUUCUUUCCGCUGUGAAUGCCAAGAAGGAUAUGAGCUGGAUGCUAGUGGAAGAAAAUGUGUUGACAAGGAUGAGUGCCUGGACAGAUCCAUGUGUGGCAACGGUACCUGUGAGAAUAUAGACGGUGGAUUUGACUGCUCCUGCAACACAGGAUUUGAGCCGGGACCAACUGGCAAAUGUACAGACAUCAACGAGUGCAACACUCCUCAAAAUCAGUGUGCUUUCCGCUGUGCUAACUUGCCAGGAACAUUCCGGUGUGUUUGUCCGAUGGGGUACAAGGUGGCCCCCGACCAGAUACAUUGUGAAGAUGUGGAUGAGUGCUCCACACCGGCCAACAAGUGCAGGUAUGCUUGCAAGAACAUUGUAGGCUCCUUCCUCUGUGUCUGUCCUGAGGGUUUCACCCAAAUAGGUCAAGAUGAAUGUAGAGAUAUUGAUGAAUGCAGAACAAGGCCAGGAGUUUGUCAAAAUGGCCGCUGCUACAACACCCAAGGAGGUUACCGAUGUGACUGCAACCCUGGCUACCAGACAAGUGAUGAUGGAAAGGCCUGCUUUGACCGUCGUCAGGACUACUGUUACCUGGAGCUGCAGGGUGGACGCUGUGUGACCACACCUGACCUGGCCCGACUGACCAAGGCUGAAUGUUGUUGCUCCCUGUCUGCUGCAUGGGGACGCUCGUGUGAACGUUGUCCUGCUGUCAACACAGGUUCGUUCAACAGACUCUGUCCUCAAGGUCCUGGACUCACCCCUGACGGAAAAGAUAUCGAUGAGUGCUCAAGCAUGCCUGGAGCUUGCCGCAAUGGACGCUGUCUCAACACCAUGGGCUCCUACAGAUGUGUCUGCAACAAGGGUUACAAGACUGAUAUCACCGGCAAAAGAUGCAUUGAUAACAAUGAGUGCCGUCAGGAUCCCAAGCCUUGUGAGUUCACCUGCUCCAACACAGAAGGAAGCUUCAUCUGUGGCUGUCCUUCCGGCUAUGUCCUCAACAUGGAUGGCCUCACCUGCAGAGACUUGGAUGAGUGUACCACCAUGCGCCAUGACUGCAGUGGCACCUGUGUCAACACUCCAGGAAGUUACGAAUGUGAAUGUCCUGAAGGUUUCCGCAAGUCUCGAGGCAAUGGAUGUGAUGAUAUCAACGAGUGCCUUGAGCAGCCCCAUCUUUGCGGUGCAGUGGGAACAUGCCAGAACACCAGAGGCAGCUACCAGUGCAUAUGCCCUCGUGGCUAUCGCAGAGACAAGACUGGCACUAAGUGUAUUGAUAUCGAUGAGUGUGAGGAUGGUAAGUGUGAGGGAGAUUGUGACAACAUCCCUGGAAGCUACAGGUGUGAAUGUCCUCCUGGAUACACACAGAGACCCAAUGGACAGUGUGUGGAUGAAAAUGAAUGUGCUGGUGACUACGUCUGUGGAUUUGUUGCACUGUGCGUCAACAUGCCUGGAAGCUUCGAUUGCCAAUGUACCUCUGGUAUGGACUUCGACAUGGAUUCACUGAACUGCAUUGAUGGAAAUGUGUGUGGUGGACACCCAUGCCUGUUUGGAUGCACUCCAUCAAAUGGUGGCAAUUAUGUCUGUGGAUGCCCACCAGGGUACGAGCCCAUCGGACAAGGACACUGCAUCAGUACGGCCUCAUCAGCCAGCACCCACUACCCACCGGGCACGCAGCUUCCCCAUGAGCCGGGCCCCAACACAGAUGGCAAACUGCCACCCGGAGAAGGCUGCUACCAAUGUGACCACGAUUUUGGGGAGAUUCCUCUGUCCCGACGCAGCCGUAGAAGUACAAGGUCAGCCUUCCGAGAGGCAAAGAGUUUAGAUGAGAUGGUUGACCAUUUUGCUGGUUCCACUGGACUUGUCCAAGAAGUGAAGGCAGGAGAAGGCAUGAGGAGGAAGAGGAGUGUGCCACGGAAACUCAAGCAUACCAGGUUCACUCUGGACAAUGUGCCUUCAAGCUGGAACACCACCGAUGUUGUGGUCAUGACCAUGAUGGCUAAUCAGACGAAACCAAAGACAAAGUUGGUAAAGAUGAUCCCGGCACUCUCGGCUCUACGCCACAAUGUCCGCUACAAGAUCGUCUCAGGCAACGAGGAUGGCCUGUUCUCCAUGCACAAGAAGAAGGGCGUGAGCUCCCUGCACUUCACCCGUCACGUGGGUGAGGAGCGGGUGUUCCGCCUGGAGGUGCUGUGCAAGCCCGUGGAGAGCGAGGAGCAGAUCCAGGACAAAGUGGUGCACCUGGAGCCCUACCUCCUGCACCUGGAGAUUCAUGUGGAGCUGGCCGAACGAUGAUAGCCAGCCUGCUAGAGAUGUCAUGUUUUGGUUUUGUUUCGAUUUUUUUUUUAUAAUCACGUUUUGUUGCGCAUCAUGUCAUUAUUUUUCACAUGUUAUUUUGUUUGUUGUUGUUGUUGUUAUUUUGUAAUUCUUGUUUUGUUUUGGUUUUUGUAUCAUGAUAUUUGUUUGUAGUGCGUUGAUAGUUUGUUUCACUAUUGUUGGAGUUUUUUGUUGUUGUUGUUGUUCGUUAAAGUCAUUGUGCCUGGUUUUGGUUGCUGUUUUUUUUUUCUUGGACAUGUGUAUUUGUGAUAUUGGCCUGAUCCAAAAACCAUUUUUGUUCUCGUUGUUGCAUCUGUGGAAUGUUUAAUGGUCAGUGUAAAUGGUACAUGGUAGGUAUAGCUCAAGUAUAAACCUGAGAGUGCAAAUAACAAGGGGGAAAUGUAGUUAAAGUGGAAAUACUCUUUGUUAAAUUACAGUCUUCAGUAUAGAUCUGAUUUGAAUAGUAUACAGAUUUCUGUUAGAAGAGCAUUCCUGUAUUUGAAAGAAGACCUGACACAAAGGUUCCAUUUUAUUUAUUAUUUUUCUUUUCAUAAUGGCACUUAAUCUCCAGUAAAUUGCUAACUUUUAAAUAAAACUCCACAAUGUCAAGACACGGCUGUGAACAGAAUAAGUUUGUCGAAUUUGCAUAUGAUUUGCGUUCCAAAGAGUACAAGUUAUGAGUGAUUCUGUUACACCAUCACAUUUUAAUUUGGACUGUUUUCUUUUUACAAAAGUUCAACUAGUUACCACCUUGUUUUCCGAACAGUGCCUUGAAUUAUCUUGUAAUCAACGAUGUACAAGUGCCUUCACUUGGUCUUAGGAUGCCAUUUUCUAAUCAUGUUUGUAUGCAGUAUGCUAAUUUGAAUAAUGCAUAAUUUGCUAUCAUAAAUACACCAAAUUUCCAUAUUUAAUCCUUUGCAUAUAUUUUCGUGGUCAGAUUCAUAAAUUUUUGACUUGGAAUUCAAUUUGAAUUUCUAACUAUUACCUUUUGUUAACUUUUAUUACAUUAACCCUGUAUUAAAAAGUUUGUUUCCUUUGACAGCCGUAUCGUGACAACUCCAAUGGUGAGGCACUGGGAAUAGGAUAUAUUUUUUAUUUUUUUUGCUGUUAUCCCCAGUCAAACAAUUUAAAGAAAGUAACCGGCAUUACAGUAAUCAAACUUAGUGAAGCUUUCCACCUUUUUCAUGUGACUCAGACUAGGAUACAUCUAAUGAGAUUUAUAUGAGACAGAAGAAUUAAAGCUCUAACAUUUGUGUAUUUGAGCACUGCACAACAUAUCAUGUUUAAAAAUGAUUUGCACUUAUGAAUACUGUACAUACUGUAACAGUAAAACUUAGCUUUACCGUAGUUAAAUUUUAUCGUAGAUCUGUAACCUUUGUGAUUAGCCUAACAAUUUAAUGUCAUUACAUAGAUGCCAAUCGCUCCAGUCAUAAUACAAAACUUGAUAUUACUAUUGCACGUGUAAAACAUGACUGCGCAUUGAUUUUAUGCUCAUAAUGCAAAGUAUUAAAGAAAUAAAAAUGUAACCACUGAG